AUGUCGUCUCACGAACCCACCCCGGCUCCGGUUGCAGAGCCUCACACCCAGGAGCCAGGCUCGGACAACAGGACCGGUCGCCUGUCAGUCUGUACGAAGGUGUGCUAUGGCAUUGGUGGAGUCCCCAACCAGGUGGCCUCCAGUGCCUCGGCCUUCUACCUGCAGCCCUUCCUACUCGAUGUGGCACAGAUCCCCGCUGCCCAGGUGUCACUUGCCUUGUUUGGAGGGAAGGUGUCUGGGGCAGUUGCAGACCCUGUGGCUGGCUUCUUCAUCAACAAAAGCAGGACAAGAUCUGGACGGCUGAUGCCUUGGGCGCUGGGCUGCAUGCCCUUCAUUGCCCUGGCCUACUUCUUCCUGUGGUUCCUGCCCCCAUUCACCAGCCUGCGUGGGCUCUGGUAUACUACCUUCUACUGCCUGUUCCAGGCCCUGGCUACGUUCUUCCAGGUUCCCUACACGGCGCUCACUAUGAUCCUCACUCCCAGCCCCAGAGAGCGAGACUCUGCCACUGCAUACCGGAUGACCAUGGAGAUGGCAGGGACGCUGAUGGGAGCCGCCGUCCAUGGGCUCAUCGUGUCCAGUGCCCAUGGGUCUCGGAGGUGUGAGGAUCCUGGAGUGCAGCUCCCCGGGAGUACCGCUGUCUCCCCAGAUGCCGCUCGUCUCUAUUGCCUCGCAGCCGCUGUGGUUGCGUUGACUUACCCUGUGUGUGGCAGUUUGCUGUGCCUAGGAGUGAAGGAGCAGCCAGACACUUCCGCCCCAGCCUCAGGUUCAGGCCUGAGCUUCUUCACGGGGCUGGCCAUCACUUCCCGGCACCCGCCCUGCUUGAGUCUGGUGGUCUCCUUCUUGUUCAUCUCAGCUGCGGUCCAGGUGGAACAAAGCUACCUGGUCCUGUUCUGUUUACAUGCCUCCCGGCUACAAGACCAUGUCCAGGGCUUGGUGCUAACCAUCCUGAUCUCAGCCGUGCUGAGCACCCCGCUGUGGGAGUGGGUUCUCCAGCGAUUUGGGAAGAGGACAUCCGCGUUCGGGAUCUGUGUGAUGGUGCCCUUUUCUAUCUUGCUGGCUGCUGUGCCCUCAGCGCCUGUGGCCUAUGUUGUGGCCUUUGUCUCUGGUGUGAGCAUCGCUGUGUCCCUGCUGCUACCCUGGUCCAUGUUGCCAGAUGUGGUGGAUGACUUCCAGCUGCAGCACCAGCGUGGCCCAGGCGUGGAGACGAUCUUCUACUCAUCCUACGUCUUCUUCACCAAGCUCUCAGGCGCAGGCGCCCUGGGCAUCUCCACCCUCAGUUUGGAGUUCGCGGGGUAUAAGGCGGGGGCCUGCCAGCAAGCAGAGGAAGUAGUGGUCACCCUCAAGGUCCUCAUCGGUGCGGUGCCCACCUGUAUGAUCCUUAUUGGGCUGUGCAUCCUCAUGGCUGGCCCAACUCCCAAGACGCCAAGCCAGGACACUUCUGCCCAGCUAAGCCUCAGGAGGAGAACUAGCUACAGCAUCGCCUGA